AUGGCAUUAGGAACGAGUCAUGUUGACCCGACACAUUUAAGUGGUAAUGAAGAAGUUGGUACUGAAGAUAUAUAUGUUGAUAUGGUAAAUGAUGCUUUUCGUGAUAAUGUGAGUUCUGACAAUUAUCACCAGGGUGGUAGUUACCCGGAUGGUAGUUACCAGAAUGUAGUAGACGAUGCAUGCAACCAUUCAAAAAAGUUUUAUGAUUUGUUAGAAGGAGCAAAAAAUCCCUUGUAUGAUGGUUGUCGUGAAGGUCACUCGCAGUUAUCCUUAGCUGCUCGAGUCUUGCAAACUAAGGCAGAUUAUAAUAUGAGUGAAAAAUGUGUGGAUUCGGUGUGCCAAAUGCUGAAUGACUAUUUACCUGAUGGAAACAUGGCAACCGACUCAAACUAUGAGACAGAAAAGUUGAUGCGCAAUUUAGGGCUCCCAUAUUAUACAAUUGAUGUUUGUAUCAACAAUUGUAUGAUAUUUUGGGAAGAAGAUGAAAGGUGGGAUACGUGCCAGUUUUGUGGUGCAGAAAGAUGGAAGCCGAGAGACAAACGACGUAGAACGAAAGUACCAUAUAGUCGUAUGUGGUAUCUACCUAUAGCUGAUAGGUUGAAAAGAAUGUAUCAGAGCAAGAAGACUGCAGCGGCAAUGAGGUGGCAUGCUGAACACCAAGCAAAAGACGGAGAAAUGUGUCAUCCAUCUGAUGCGGCCGAGUGGAAAAACUUCCAAGGAAUACAUCCCCAGUUUGCCGAAGAACCGCGUAACGUUUAUCUUGGAUUAUGUACAGAUGGAUUCAAUCCAUUUGGGAUGUCUCAUAAUCAUUCGCUGUGGCCUGUGAUCUUGACUCCGUACAAUCUGCCCCCGGGUAUGUGCAUGAAAACGGAGUACUUGUUUCUUACAAUUCUAAAUUCUGGGCCAAAGCAUCCGCGAGCUAGUCUUGAUAUCUUCCUCAAACCUCUGAUCGCGGAGCUCAAAGAAUUGUGGUCAACUGGAGUUGAAGCAUACGAUGUGUCCUUGAAUCAAAAUUUUAACCUAAAAGCCGUGCUUUUGUGGACGAUAAGCGACUUUCCGGCGUACGACAUGCUUUCCGGAUGGACGACCCAUGGUAAAUUGGCAUGUCCAAUUUGCAUGGAAGAUACAAAGGCUUUUUAUCUGUCUAAUGGAAGGAAGACGUGUUGGUUUGAUUGUCACAGAAGAUUUCUUCCUUGUAAUCAUCCACUAAGGAAGAAUAAAAAGGAUUUCUUGAAGGGAAAACACGCCUUAAAUGAAUUUCCACCUGUUUCUUUAACUGGUGAGCAAGUUUAUUCUGAACAUUUAAAAGGUGUUGAACCACCAAAAACGUCUUCUUGCGGUAGAAACGGUCAUGAAAAGAAGAAGCCUGGAUAUGGAAAGUACCAUAAUUGGCACAAGGAAAGCAUAUUUUGGGAGUUGCCAUACUGGAGGGAUCUAAUUCUUCGACAUAAUCUUGAUGUGAUGCAUAUUGAGAAGAAUUUCUUUGACAACAUCAUGAAUACUCUUAUGAAUGUGAAGGGUAAAUCGAAAGACACAAUCCAGUCACGAUUGGAUAUAUCAGAGAUUUGUGAUCGGUCACACUUACAUGUUGAUGAUGAUGGUCAAGCUCCAUUUCCUCCCUACACAUUAGACGAAGCCGGGAAAAAACGUUUAUUGGAAUGUGUGAAAUGUGAAGUUAAAUUCCCCGACGGUUAUGCUUCAGACUUAGCUAAUUGUGUUGAUAUAGAGAACAACAAGUUCUCUGGCAUGAAGAGUCAUGACUGCCAUGUUUUUAUGGAGCGGCUACUUCCAUUUAUCUUUGGGAUCGAAAUUAAAACUUCCGCAUUAUAA